AUGAGAGCAUCUUUCUCGUAAAUAUGGUUGACGAUUCUAAUGCUACAACGAGACAGAUAAACCUAUUGAUACAACAGAGUUCUGAAUGUUUCUACCUCGCAAAGUCAGCGGCAGGCCAACAGUGAGGGAGGAGGGGAUAGACAAGGCGAUCAAGUACGGAACGUGGUGUUGGCAGAUGGGAAAACGGCAGCACACUCAUUCCUCUCUGAACCGUGUCCUCCCUCGUUCAAGUUCUGCCUCCCCAGCUUGAAGGUGUCCGAGUCCCAGCGUCUGCAGCCACUUCAAAGACACCCUUCGUCUCUUCGCCGGGGUCUCAUCCCCCUCCAAUCUCUCUUCCCUCCCUUCCCUUUGCUCAUCUGGAUCCCUUGUCCGCUUCCCCAGCACCAUUGCGGUGAAGCUGUUGUUCGG